GGUGGGCGGAGGUGGGCGGCACUUGCGGCCAGUAUGAAAAGCUAUGCCAACAAAAUGGGUCUCUUCCUGUUUUUUGUGAUCUACACAGCCGCAGGGGCCAAGAUAUUCCAGGUCCUGGAACAUCCAGCUGAGAUUCAAGCUCAGGGAGAUGCUGGGACCACCCUCUUGGAACAGCGAACACUCUUCAUGCAAUCCCUCAUCAACAUCAGCGCACACACGCACUUCGAAUACCAGGAGCGGGUGUCGAGGGAGCUGCGGCAGUACGAGGCUGCGGUGGAAGCUGCGGUGGAGGCUGGCGUGUCGCCCCUGGAGCCUGAGGUACCCCACUACCAGUGGAACUACAUCGAAAGUGUCUUCUUCGCCUCCACCGUCAUCACCACCAUAGGGUAUGGCAACAUGGCGCCAGUCACCGCCUGGGGCCGCUUCUUCUGCAUCCUCUACGGCUUCGUGGGCAUCCCCGUCACCCUCACCGUCAUUGCUGACUUGGGAACAAUAUUUGCAAACUUGGUGUCGACGCUCUCUAAGCACUUCGGAAUCCUCACCAUGAGCUGCGGCCCGAUUAAGGCGAGUAGGCUGCGAGCGAAGGGAGGGUCUCGCGGAAUGGUGGUACUUGGGGCGGUGGCGGCCCUACUUCUCUACAUCGCCGUCGGGGGAGCCAUCUUUAUCCUGUGGGAAGACUGGACUUUCUUCGAAGCCUUUUACUUCUGCUUCAUCACCAUGACCACCAUAGGUCUUGGUGAUCUCGUACCUGAGAGGACGGAGUUCAUGCUGGUGUGUACCCUGUACAUCCUGAUCGGCCUCGCCCUCACCUCCACCAUCAUAGAACUCGUCAGGAGACAGUACGCUGAAAGCUGGCAGCAGAUGAAGGAGCUGAGCGGACGCCUGGGGGAGCUGUCCGGACCUCUGGCAGAUCACUUGAGACGCCUUGGGGAACAGGCCGGAGAUAUCAACAUCGACGUUCACCUCAUGAAGGACCUAAAGGACCUUCGUAGUGCCAUUCAGCUGAGCACCAGACUAGAAGCCUUAUCGAAGUUGGAUCCUAAACUGACGAACGAUGCCAGGAUCGUCGAGCUCCUGAAGGCGCACCUCAACGGAGAGGACAGAGACGACUCCACCUUCCUGAGCCCCUUUGAGGACACCGGGCUCCUGCAGCCAUCAGUCAGAGAGAGAAAAGUCAUUCGGGUUGUCAUUUAUGAGACUUCCGUCUGAUCGACCUCCAGGGGGAGUCGACCAGAGUAUCACCCCGCUGCUCUGUCAUAUAGAAUUAAAUGUGAUUCAAUAUUGUAUGAUCCACUAAGAGUCAUGAUAUUUUAUUUCCGAGUUUUUAACGUUAAAGAAGAGGGAAGUGGGAGAAGUUUGAGACCAUUUAUUAGGUGAUCUGGACGUUUUCUGUAUGAUUGAUACUCAUGUAUGGGCAUUUCGCCAAGGCAAAAUUGCUUCCCGCG